UCAGCAUCCUUAUGAGCCCACGCGGCGGGGCGGGUGGCCUGCAGCCUGCCGGGACUUGUAGUCCAAUGCGCAGCCGCGCGCCUGCGCCCUGGGCACUACACCGGGUGAGCUUGGAGAGCUGUGGGCGCCGAGGCGCUGUAGGUACCUCCCCCACAAGAAUUACACAAAGAAACACAUUGGAAUCUGAGACUGCAGGCCCCAGAUAAGUUGUACACGGCUGGAACGGGCAAUGGCUGUGGCCCUAGGUUGUGCAAUCCAAGCCUCCUUGAAUCAGGGCUCAGUGUUUCAAGAGUAUGAUACUGACUCUGAAGUCUUCCGUCAGCGCUUCAGGCAGUUCCAGUACAAAGAAGCAGCCGGGCCUCAUGAAGCUUUCAACAAACUCUGGGAGCUUUGCUGUCAGUGGCUGAAGCCAAAGAUGCGUUCUAAGGAACAAAUCCUGGAGCUUCUAGUGUUGGAGCAAUUCCUAACAAUUCUGCCCACGGAGAUAGAGACCUGGGUGAGGGAACAUUGCCCAGAGAAUAGAGAAAGAGUUGUGUCACUGAUAGAAGACUUACAGAGAGAACUUGAGAUACCAGAGCAGCAGAUCGAUAGGCAGGAAAUGCUCUUGGAAGACCUGGCAGCCGUGGGAAUGGCAGACAUAGCACCAGACAUCCACCUGGAGUCACCCCCACUCCAAGCAAUGGGACCUGUCCCUGAGGCCCCAGUGGCAGAUGCAUGGAUCCCAGAGGCAGAGCCCCAGGAGCUGAGCUACGUUGCUGCUCGGGAAAGCCAGCCCUUUCUGGACCAUGGAUAUCCACUACCAAAGCUUGAUGUGGGCUUUCCAUUGGACAAUAGAGAAGAGGCAUGGGUGAAGGAACUACAAGAUUCCAAAGAAAUUAAACAAUUGCUUGAGUCCAAGAUAGGUUUUGAGAUUGGGAUAGAAAAUGAAGAAGAUACUUCAAAACAGAAAAAACUGGAAAAUAUGUACCCAUUUCUUGUUACUUUAGAGGGAAAUGCUCUCCACGGUCCCAUUUUGCAAAAAGACUAUGUACAGUUAGAAAAUCAGUGGGGAAGCCCUCCAGAAGAUUUACAGACAGAUUUAACAAAACUUGUAGAUAAUCAGAGCCCCCCUGCAGGAGAGAAACCUGAGAGCUCCAGCUUGGAAGAACCUCUCAACCCUAGACCCCAUAAGAAAAAGAGUCCAGGAGACAAACCUCACCGAUGUUCCCAGUGUGGAAAAUGUUUUGCCCGGAAGUCACAACUUACAGGGCACCAGAGAAUUCAUUCAGGAGAGGAACCUCAUAAAUGCCCUGAAUGUGGGAAAAGAUUCCUUCGUAGUUCAGACCUCUAUAGACACCAACGACUUCACACAGGGGAGAGACCCUAUGAAUGCACUGUGUGUAAAAAGCGAUUCACUCGGCGGUCACACCUUAUAGGGCACCAGAGAACCCAUUCUGAAGAAGAGACAUAUAAAUGCCUUGAGUGUGGGAAAAGCUUUUGUCAUGGAUCAAGUCUCAAAAGACAUCUGAAAACUCAUUCGGGUGAAAAACCUCAUAGAUGUCACAAUUGUGGGAAAAGUUUUAGUAGACUGACAGCUCUUACUUUGCACCAGAGAACUCACACUGAAGAGAGACCUUUUAAAUGUAAUUAUUGUGGGAAAAGCUUUAGACAGAGACCGAGCCUUGUUAUUCAUUUAAGGAUUCAUACAGGGGAGAAGCCAUACAAGUGUAGUCAUUGUUCUAAAAGCUUCAGACAGAGAGCAGGGCUUAUUAUGCACCAAGUCACUCACUUUAGAGGACUUCUUUAAAAAUUAUUAAAGGAAACAGGUCCUACAGAAAUUAACACUAACUCAAAGAAAUCUUAACCUGCAGCUGUCUGUUUGUCUUGGAAGAAUCUUUUUGUUUGAGUUUAUAGAACAGCUUUUUUUUUUUUUUUUUUUUUUACUAUUUUUAAAAACCCAUCUUCCAAGGCAUAUGAAUUCCAGAGUAUCCACCUACUCUUGCAACUUUACUAGAUUUGAUUUAUUCUGUCUCUAUAAUUCUUUUUUUAUGACAGUGAAAAAUUUUGUGUCCCAAGCCAACUGUAUCAUAGAUGUAAGCCUGAAGCAUAUAGGAUAGGGUCAAUAUAAUGGAUAACCAUGUCUAUCUGACAUAUCUAUUAUAGUAACACUAUAAUUAUUUUGCCGUCAUGAAUAAAAGCGAUUAUAUUAGUUCAAAGCUUUAUAUGUGUCCCGAGUGGCAAGAAGAGAGACAGUGUAUUUUGUCAAAUAAUAAAAAUAUGUCAGAAACACAUGGCUAAAGAGGAUUUUAUCUGCCUCUUAAGAACUGGGUUAUUUCCACUGAAAAUUUUAUGUUUAAGGAAAUUAAGAUUUUAACCUUUAUUUUUGAAUUUUGCAAAGUUUGCUAGUCUGCUUUGUUGGCAGUCUAGGGUGAUGCUGCUUAGAGCUAUUAACUUGAUGUUUUAUUUUGUUCAUAGACUAAGUAAGCUCUAUGUGGAAGUAUCCAGCUGACAGUUGAAGUCAUACAAGUAGAAUCUAAUUUAAUGUAGAUUGACUGAGGAGCCAGUGUCCAUUGCUUUUUACUCUCCUUUGGUAUUCAAUCAUGUCUGUCAGUGCUUUUUACAUUGUACUCAUUCUUUAAUUCAGUGUCUCCCUAAGUGUGUGUCAUAGAACACUUAGUUCUGUAAGAUAGUCUGCAAAUAAGUUUGGGAAUCCCUUCCUGCUGUGUCCCCUUUCUAGAAUCACAGUGCACAUCAGCAUAUGAGAAUCUCUGACAGGUCCUUUAGUAAAGGCAGAAAAAGCACCUCUUUUGUCUGUGUUUUGCAAACCUGUUUGACCCUAGGACCCUUUUUCGUGUACACCCAGCAAUAACCCACAGAACUAGUAUUCUGCAAGUAUUCCUUGAAACACAUUGCCUUUAACAGAUAUUUCUAUUGCUAUCAGUAUAGUCUUGUUGCUUUCAAGCCAAGUUAUCUCCAGUCAUUUCAAAGCUGUUAUGAAAAAUCCUGUAUACAUAUACGUUUUUUAUGUAGUGCACACACAAACAUAUACACAUUUUAAGGAGGUUUGAGGGUCACUAAUUCAGAUAAUUUAGAAGUUACUCAUUUAUUCUCAACCUCUUUGAAUUUUACUUAUAAUCACACACACACAUUGCUACUUAUAUAAAUGUUCUCAUGUAAGUGUUAUAAUGACUCAAGUUCCUGUAGCAAGGGAAGAACUUUCUUUGUCAGUUUAAGCUGUUAAUACAUGAAAAUAUUCAGCCUAGUUCCUCAUUAUAAAAUGAGAAAUAGGACAACGUUCAAGUAUUUUCCCUUUAUAAAGAAACCAGUCAUCCUUUCCUUAAACUAGAAUUAGGGAAAGUAUAUUUUUUCUAUUUUAUUGAAGUUUUUGGAAGUCAUAUUUAAUAUGAGUAUUUGGGGGGUAUCUACUAUGUGCCUAACUAGUCCUAUUCUAGGCUUAAUGGAAACUAGUAAAGAAAUUAAUUCAUGAGUCAGGUUCAUAAAGAGUUUAUAAUGUCUUUAGUUAAACAAGAGUUGGGAAACAAAUGGAGAACCAUACAAGAGAGUUUGUAUUAAGUGCCAAAUCGUGUCAAGUGCUAGAGCCAGGAUAUGUCUGUAAUUCUUGUCAUCCCGGUCCCUGUAUGAUGCUGCUAUAAGUGUGGGGUUAACAUUGAGAUCCUAGUAGCAAUAAAAUGUAACGCGGGAGGAGUCUGAAUGUAGAGAUGAAAACUACCGAAUGUAAUGGCUUCUCUUUUCUCUCUUGUGGAAUUGCAUUCCAACCAGAAUAGUGCCUUAGAAUGGAUGUGCCCAACUGCUCUGUACUAUGCAAUAUUUUAAUAAAGUGGAAAUAUAUGUGCUCUUUCUGCUUCAAUCACAUUAACUGUUUGCACAACCUAGAGCUGCUUCCAUGAGCAGUGGCAACAGGCACCACAAUUGACUUCUGCCCCCACCCUAAGCUGGAAUCACUUUACUCUCUGCAACCAUGGUGCUGGGUUUAUGCAUCAUUUUUAGCAUUUAUUACAGUCAAUUUUAGCUAGUUGGGAUAAUUGCAAUCAUAAAAUGUGCUGCAUCCUCCCUCUCAUCUAUAUCAUAAACACAACAUGACUGAGUUUUACAGGGUAGAGAACAUUAUUCAUUUCUUUGUUACAGUGUCCUGUAUAUAAUAAGCACUAAUAAAUAUUUGUGGCAUUGAAUAAACAAAUAUGUGAAAUAGUUCUUGGAAAAAGAUCGUAGCUAGAACAUUGUGUGGUUGUGCCUAAUUAUACUUCAGAAAGAUAAGGGCAAA